AUGAUGCCGACGUGGCGCUGCCCCUCCAUGACCACGACGACCUUGCUCGCCAUCGCCGUCCUGGCGACGGCGCGCAGCUCCGCUGCUGCGAUCACGGGCGUCGGCACCCUUUUGUCCGGCUCCGGCAGCUCCGCGGGGCGCGGGCUGGCCCUCGGCGUGCUGCUGGCCUCGCCGCACCUCGCGGCGGCUCGGCCGUUUGGAGCGGCAAACACAUCCGUCGCCGCGUCACCGCCGGCCUGCCGCGCGGGACUCGGCUCGUUUCAGGUGAAUAUAUCGGAUGUGUUCGAAGGCGCCACGUGCUACGGGCGACGCUACCCCGAUCUCGAGUACGCCUUCUGCAGCAAGGACGAGUGCAACGUCCAAGCGCUCCACCGACACUUCCAGAGCCACGGGCGGCGAGAAGGAAGACGCUUCGGCUGCGAGGCGGCGCCCCUCACCGCGGCGGAGACGGCAAAAUAUAAGGUCCACGCCCUCACCGCGGCGGUGACGGCAAAAUAUAAGGUCCACGAGGCGCGCCGACGUACGGCCAAGUACGAACAGGUGGCGUGUCGCAUGGACCAUCGCGUCGGCGCGUGCGACAACAGGCUGGACGUAGGACGACAAGGAUCCCACGGCGUGACGUGCCGGCCGGUCGGCGGAAAUUGCGCGUGCGGCCGCCCCGCGGACUUAGAUGCGGCGGCGGCGCGGACUGGAGCGGCGCCCGGGGGCCCCGCGACCCGCAACGCGACCCGCAUCUGCGCAUACGUCCGUAGCUACAAUGGCCACAAGAGCGUGAUCGGUACGAUGCUGCAGACGAUGCGAGCGGCCGUGCGCGCGGCCGGGACGCCGGUGGACCUGGAGGUGCACCUCGCCAACACGGAUUGGCGGCUUCCGCUGUUGCCCUGCUUCCGCCGCCGCGUGGCGUUCGAGGCGUCGUGCGUUGAUCAGAACGCGUCGGGCAGCUUCGAGAUCCACGAGCGCUUCGACGAUCGCUACCAGCGCGCCGAGACGGCCUUCAGGCGACGCUGGGGCGUCACGGUCAAAAAAGACUACGGCUACAUCCUGACGGACCUGUGGCUCCUCGAGAUGCGCCGGCGAGGCGGCUGCGACUUCAUCCAUGUCACGAACGGCGACAACAUCUACCACGUCGACUUCUUCCGGCACCAGCUUGCCGUGUUCAACGCGCGCCCGGACGUCGGGUCGACGGCCGUCGACUUCUCCUGCCACCUUCGCAGAAAUUUCCAUAGCGUGGCCUUUAACUAUACGCACAUCGACCUGGGGUGCAUGCUCGUGCGGCCGUCGGCGAUGCGCAACAUGACGUUCGCCGUCCGCCUCUUUGAAGAUGGCAAGCCCCAGCCGUCGAAGCGGCGUCUCUACGCGGCCGACGGCUUUCUUGCCGCGGAGCUCGCCAGGCGAGCGCCCGCCGUCCCGAUCCACGACCAUGGGCCGCUCUUCUUCCACCUUUGA